GACCAGGCUCGUAACGUAAAGACAUUUGUGUUUUUCCAAUAUUUCAUGCUCAAACAUGAGCCCGAGCUCAGCUGAAGACAUUUGGAUGAGUUUGCAUCCCUGACUGGAUGCUGCGGCAGUCCGGGGAGGAUCAGCAGCAUCCCUGAUUCUGAGCUGAUGACUGGCUGUUUCCUGGAGCUGACCUGCAGUGGGAGGCACCAUGGCCGGUAAGGUGAAGUGGGUGACAGACAUUGAGAAAUCAGUGCUCGUCAAUAACUUUGAAAAGAGAGAAUGGAUUCCAGUGACGGAAAACGAAGACUGGAAUUUCUACUGGAUGAGCAUCCAGACCAUCCGGAAUGUGUUCAGUGUGGACACUGGUUACCGCCUGUCAGAUGAGCAGAUGGUAAACCACUUUCCCAACCACUAUGAGUUGACCAGAAAGGACCUGAUGAUCAAGAACAUCAAACGCUACCGGAAGGAGCUGGAGAAGGAAGGAAGUGCACUUGCAGAGAAGGAUGAAAACGGAAAAUACAUUUAUUUGGACUUUGUCCCUGUGACUUUUAUGCUUCCUGCGGAUUAUAACCUGUUUGUGGAGGAGUUUCGCAAGAAUCCAUCGAGCACCUGGAUCAUGAAGCCCUGUGGGAAGGCCCAAGGCAAAGGCAUCUUCCUCAUCAACAAACUCUCCCAGAUAAAAAAGUGGUCGCGAGACAGCCGCACUUCAACGUUUAUGGCAGCAUCCAGUGGGAAAGAAGCUUAUGUCAUCUCCUUGUACAUUGACAAUCCUCUGCUUAUUGGAGGGAAGAAGUUUGACCUGCGUCUCUACGUUCUAGUGACAACAUAUCGGCCCCUGAAAUGCUACAUGUACAAGCUGGGCUUCUGCAGGUUUUGCACAGUCAAGUACACUCCCAGCACCAGCGAGCUGGACAACAUGUUUGUUCAUCUCACCAAUGUGGCUAUCCAGAAGCACGGGGAUGAUUACAACCACGUCCAUGGAGGGAAAUGGACGGUGAGUAACCUCCGUUUGUACCUGGAGAGCACCAGAGGAAAGGAGGUGACCAGCCGGCUGUUUGACCAGAUCAACUGGAUCGUUGUGCAGUCCCUGAAGGCCGUAGCUUCUGUGAUGAACAAUGACAAGCACUGUUUCGAGUGUUACGGUUAUGACAUCAUCAUUGAUGACAAGCUAAAGCCAUGGCUUAUUGAGGUCAAUGCCUCUCCGUCGCUGACCUCCAGCACAGCCAACGACCGCAUCCUGAAGUACAACCUCAUCAACGACACCCUCAACAUCGUCACGCCCAACGGGGACAUCCCAGACUGCCGCUGGAAUCGCAGUCCACCCAGAGAGGCCCUGGGAAACUAUCAAGUCCUGUACGAUGAGGAGCAGGCGCUGAGCGAGAACGCUGAGCGUGACCUGCGGAGCCGGUCGGGUCAGCCGCUGGGGCCAAAGGGCACUAAAGGGAGUGCGACCGCUCGCCCCACCGCCGCCACGUGGAAGUGAUACGAUAUUACUGACCUGCUUUGGCAUCCUGUGCAUUACUACGGAGAGCACCUGGGGACGUGAGGAAUAAAAACCAAAACCUCUAUUUUUAGCCCGCCGAAGGACCGCUUCCCCUCCCCUGCAUCUCACAGACUGUGGCACAAAAAAAGCAACAUUGCUGCAGGCGGAGGGGAGAAUUAAGUCUGUUUGAGUCUGGCUCUUUGUACGAACCAGUAAUCAGAAAUUGUGCUGACAACAUUGUGGGUCAAGUGACUCGAGUAUCACACCCAAAGUCUCAACAAAAGGAUUACAACCCUGAACUAUGCAUGAUAAUUGAUGGCUGACAAUUAGACUCGACCUGCCACACACGUACCAGAAAGAGAGCAGACUGUAUAAAGAUAAAGUGUUAAACCUGUAGGAAAGAUAUGUGCUCGAAAUAAUAAGUACAGAGAUACAAGGUUCAGUUGAUAAGUGAUAUGGAGAAUUAAUAGCACGAAAUGUGUACAGACUGACUCCCCUAUGUUUUUUUUUUAACCUUCAUCGUCAGUAUGCAUAUGCAAAGGGCCCAUUAACAUUGAGUGUAUUCACUGAUUAAUACUGCACCUUAUCUCUUUAUUUGUGCUCAAAUGUUAAAUAUAUAUUUCCCAUGUGGCAUUUUGAAUAAUUCCUGAUGCCACACCUGUUGCACAUUUUAAAGCUUGAAAACUAAUGUGUGUUGGGAGUGUACUUCAUUCAUUCAUAAGUGUUGCCUGUUUAUUUCCCUCCACCACUGCAGUAUUAAAACACUGAGUAUAAGUAAAUGUCUACCGUUUUAAUACACUGAAUUAGGGCUGAAUGUUAUUGAUAAAAUGUUGACAGUUAUAUAUUUAGGGUUGUGGUAUUUAAAAAAAAGAAUGGUCACAAAAUGUGAUCAGAUUUGAGCCUUAGGCUUGCGAUGCAAGAAACUGCUUUAUUUUCAUUUAUUAUUCAUAAUGACUACAUUAUUAUUUUUUCAGCUGAUGAAUUACUUUGUUUAAUGUCAGAAAAUUAUAAUAUGCCAAGUCCUGAAAUUUCAGAAAGAUUUUAAUUUGAGUUUUUCUGGAAAUAAAGACUUGAUUAUUCAAUGGUUGCAGGUUACAUUUCAGUUCGACUUCUGCAACCGUCUGUAAUUGUUGCAGCUCUCCUUGUGUUGAAGCAUUUAAAACAAAAGGUUAAAGGAUUAAAGGAAAGCAUUUCAGUAAUCCAGUUACGACUAAACCAAGCCGUUGUUGCUGGAACAGUGUCACUUAACCCUACUUUAUAAUGAAACCCAUUUGGUGUUUUGUGGAAUAAAUGCUGCUUUUACUCUUAACAUCUAACGUUUGUUGAUUUCUGAUUAAGAAACUAUGUGACAGGCCUCGUUUCUUUGUCUUAUGUAUUUUCACUUCUUUCUUCUUACUACUUUCUU